GAGAGAGAGAGAGAGAAUGUGUGAUUGGGAAAUAAAUAGAGAAAGAAAAGAAGUGAAGAAGGGAUACAGUUGCUUUGCUUGUUUGGGUUUAGAGGGAUGGGUUGCGUAGAGUAGAGUUAGAGAAGAGAACCCUAAAGUUUCCGAAAGCUGCUGUUGCUGCUGGUGGUGGUGUUGAGAGAUAAUAGACAUUACGGAAAGAUAGUAAGUGGAGAUUUCGGAGCUGAAACCCUAAAAGGAAUAGCGCUUCCAAACCCUUAUUUUGGAUUAUCAACGGAGCAGGUGGAAAAGAGGGAAUUCUGCAAAAUGGGGAGAGGAAAGAUUGAAAUUAAGAGGAUUGAGAACACCACAAACCGUCAGGUCACCUUCUGUAAGAGGAGGAAUGGACUUCUGAAGAAAGCAUACGAGUUAUCGGUCCUUUGUGAUGCCGAAGUAGCUCUUAUCGUCUUCUCAAGCCGCGGUCGCCUCUAUGAAUACUCUAAUAACAGCAUAAAAUCAACAAUAGAGAGGUACAAGAAGGUCUCUACAGAUAAUUCAACCAUAACCUCUGUUGCUGAGGCAAAUGCUCAAUACUAUCAACAAGAAGCUACAAAGUUGCGCCAGCAGAUACAGAUCCUGACUAAUGCAAACAGACACUUGAUGGGUGAUUCGCUCAGUUCUCUAACUGUCAAGGAGCUGAAGCAGCUAGAGAACCGACUUGAACGAGGCAUGACGCGCAUUAGAUCCAAGAAGCAUGAGCUAUUGUUCUCCGAAAUCGAAUUCAUGCAGAAAAGGGAAAUGGAACUCCAGAAUGAAAAUAUGUACCUGCGAACUAAGAUAGCUGAAAAUGAGCGUGCACAGCAAGCAAAUCUGGUGACCGGGCAAGAGUUCGAGCCAAUCCAGUCAUAUGAUUCACGGAACUACUAUCAAGUGAAUAUGUUGGAGGGAGGACCAGCCUACUCUCAUCCUGAUCAGAGUCAGACAGCUCUCAAUCUUGGGGUAAUUGAGUGACGUAACAUGUCUUCAAAUGGAUCUAUGUUGUGAUUGGAUGUGAAGCUGUCUGCUUCUAGUUAUUCAAUUAUUCACUCUGGCACUGUUGCAGAAACAUAUUAAGUGAGAAAAAAACCAUUAGUAUUUACAGAAUAAGUAUGUACCUUAGAACUCCUAACAUGGAUAAUAUCCUUUUUCAUUUAUCGUUAAGAUAUAAAUAAGAAAAAGUAAUCCAAUGCA